AACCAAAAGUGGGAGUGGCCGAGGAGUGGAGGGCCAGUCGUCCAUUACCUCGCGUGGUCGGUGGAGACUCGACCCUCGCCAUGGCCUCCUGCGUCACCUGGAUUGCGUUCGUUAUCGCUGUGGGUGUUGCGGGCCAGACAGCGACGGCCAUGCCCAGCGGUGCCCACUCUCGGCCGCCCCCACGCCCACACGGAGGCGGCGGCAGCGGGAAGGGUGUCGGCCGCCGCGAGGUCCACUUCCGCGACCACCGCUACAGCUCCACCUACGACCCCGAGUACUACCGUGACGAGUGCAUGAGCCAGACCCUCACCUGCGUGCCCGUGGAGGACUGCGUGGCCAAGACGCCGGGCGGGUACCCCGAGGGCCGCGUGUGCCCCAUCAACUUCACGCCCCACGACAGCCUGUGUGUGCUGAAUGCGUUCAAGAAGAGAGUGGAGCCGCGGACACAGGCGCAGGUGGUGGACUACUGCAGGAAGGUCCGAGCGAGGCCCUACUACUUCCAGAGCUCCAAGGAGUGGACGCACUUCUACAACUAUGUGGAGCGACACGCCGGCGACUACUACGACCUCUUCAUGUUGGACGCGCGCUGGGAGAAGGACAACGACCGAUGGGAGUGGCUGUCGACCGGGGAGGAGAUUGAGUGGGAGAAGCUGCUGCGUCAGGCCAACUGCUCGAAGGAGAACCGGGACUUGGUGCGGCAAGAAGACGGCUGCCUGGCCUUCUCCCUCGACCGGAAGUCCGAGUGCUUGCGGCUCCGGAAGAUUAAGUGCACGGAGACGGCGCUGCCAUUCUUCUGCAAGGACGGGAGCUACGAGAGUCGGUGUGGCCAGAGCGAGAACAGUAUAUGCUGCGCCACGCCCACCUACAGUUUCUACAGCAAGAACACUUACGGAGCCCCCGGGUCCACGAGCAUCCACAAACCCAGCAAGCGGGACUGUUGGGUGAAGCUGACCUACCCCGACACCCAGCCAGUCACUUGCCACAAGGCUUUGGACCUCCUCGGCACUCUGCAUCCCUUCCCCCAGCCGGAGAGGGUCGGCCGAUCGUUCUACUUCUUCUCGCACAACCCCUGCCAGUACUCGCGUCAGGCCGUGGUGUCGGGGAUGGAGGUUCACGACUUCAUAAUGGGCUUCCUGCUGACCGAGGAGCUGCAGGUGGAGGACAGGAAGUACGUCAUCGGCCUCCAGUACAAGCCCGAGGAGGAUGAAUUCUUUUGGGAGAACGGCAAGCCCAUUGACUACUACAACAACGAGACUUUCUGGGCCGAGGGGGAGCCGGACAAGCAGAGCGGCACCAACCAGUACAGCUGCGUCGCCUACGUGCGGAGCGGCAAGAACAGCUACGCUUGGCACCUCCUCCCGAACGACCUCUGCACCGGACCCAGCACCGCCAACGUCUGCGAGAUGCCCAUCCGCUCGACAAACCUGGUGCCGACGGCCAAGAAAGUGCCAUGCGGGCAGCGGCUGGAGCGAGGCGUCCUGGCGCGAUCCUUCAACGACGUGGGCUAUGACGACGAGGAGGCGCAGUACGGAGAGUUCCCCUGGCACGUGGCGGUGUUGCAGCCCAGCACGUACAAGGACGGCGUGGUGCUGUCCUUCGCGUGCUCCGGCGUCCUCAUCCACCCCGGCUACGUCCUCACCUCGGCCCACUGCGUCAUCUACUCCGGCAACGGCGACUUCUCGGUGUCCCUCGGCGAGUGGGACCUCAACGACGACGAAGGGCAGUUCCUGGAGACUAAACUGGUGACUGUCAACGACGUAAUUAUCCACCCAGAUUUCAAGUCCACCUCCAUCAUGCACGACGUGGCGCUGCUGCAACUCGAGCGGAAGCUGGACGUGGAUACUUACCCCCACAUCGGCCUGGGCUGCCUCCCCUUCCCCCGGGUGUUCUACCAAGCCACGGACGCCUGGGAAUGCUACACCGUGGGAUGGCCGUCCACGAAGAGGGGGCACGACAAGAGUAAGAGAGUCCUUCAGCGCAUCGAGUCUGAUUUCCUAGGCGGCGGGCACUGUCGGCGGUACACGGGCGCGUACUACGACAAGGCACGCGAGCAUCGGCGGGACGAGGGCAAAGGCUACGAUAAGGAAUAUGGGGCCCACCAGCUGGCCUUCGAGCACCACGGCUACUUCGAGAACCAGAUUGUAGACUUGAUUUGCACGGAGCCCUACGAUUCCGACUCCUGCCUGGAUGACGACACGCCCAUCUUGGUAUGCAGGAAGGCGAGUUUCUACAGCGGCGACCCCUUCGGCAACGACCCCUUCGGCGCCGGCGGGCAACACUUCGGGCCGAGCGACAGACACGAUUUCUUUGGCCACGGGGACUCCUAUGGCCAUGACUCCUACGGCCACGGGGACUCCUAUGGCCAUGACACCUACGGCCACGGGGACUCCUAUGGCCAUGACUCCUACGGCCACAGUGACAAAUAUGGUCCUGGAGAUUACUAUGGGCCAGGGGACAAAUAUUAUGGCCCCGGUGACAAAUAUAGUUCAGGUGGUCCAUAUGGCCAUGAUAAAUAUGGCCCGGAAGAUAAGUACCACGGCCCCGGGGACAAGUAUCAUGGCCCUGGUGAUAAGUAUGGCCCCGACAAGUAUUAUGGCCCAGGAGACAAAUAUGGCCCAGCGGAUAAAUAUGGCCAUGGUGACAAGUAUGAUCGUGAUGAUAAAUAUUAUGGCCCAGGAGAUAAGUAUGGCCCUGGGGACAAACUGCACCAUCCAGACAAACCGUAUGGCCCUGGGGACAAACCUUAUGGCCCUGGGGACAAACCUUAUGGCCCUGGGGACAAACCUUAUGGCCCUGGGGACAAACCGUAUGGCCCUGGGGACAAACCGUAUGGCCCUGGGGACAAACCUUAUGGCCCUGGGGACAAACCGUAUGGCCCUGGGGACAAACCGUAUGGCCCUGGGGACAAACCGUAUGGCCCUGGGGACAAACUGCACCAUCCAGACAAACCUUAUGGCCCUGGGGACAAACCUUAUGGCCCUGGGGACAAACCUUAUGGCCCUGGGGACAAACCUUAUGGCCCUGGGGACAAACCUUAUGGCCCUGGGGACAAACUUUAUGGCCCUGGGGACAAACCUUAUGGCCCUGGGGACAAACUUUAUGGCCCUGGGGACAAACCUUAUGGCCCUGGGGACAAACUGCACCAUCCAGACAAACCGUAUGGCCCCGGGGACAAGCCCUAUGGUCCCAGCAGCACCAAGCCUCACGGAAUCAACGAGUAUGGCCCUGGAGACAAAUAUGGCCCAGGCAGCACGAAGCCCCACGGAAUCAAGAACGACUAUGGCCCUGGGAACGACCACUAUGGCCCGCCUGACCCAUACAAGCACCAGGGAAGGUCGUACCGCGGGCCGUUCCUUUCCCCGCUGCACCUCUUCAACUCCCGGAUCAUCAACUCUUUCGGCGACGACCGGUUCGAUAGUGACAAGUGGUACGUGAUGGGGAUUGGUCACACGCUGAACUCCUGCGACCCGUACGGCAAGGAGGGGCAACAUAGGCCGUCCCCGAACCAGCCACAGCCACAUCGCCGCCCCCACCAGGUCUUCACGCCCGUUCAUGAGUACCUGUCCUUCAUUCACCACCACCUUGAGCCUCAGCAGCCCUCCACCGUUGACGACUUCGAUGCCCGCAAUACUAUAGACUACUGAAGAGGCUGUGAGGGUGACAAGUUUGUAGUGUUUGUGUAUAUAUGUGAGAGCGUUUGAGUCUUGUAUUAAAAAGUUAUAAUGAGA